GCACAUUCAAACUCUCUUUCUCUGACUCUCUCGCUCUCUCUCAUUUUUUCUGUCUCGCUCAUGUCGCCGGCGAUGGGAAAAUGCAACAAGAUCCGUCAGAUCGUGAGAAUCCGGCAAAUGCUGCGGCGGUGGAGGAGGAAGGCGGCUGCGGCGUCCUCCAACCGCCUCACCGGUGGGCGAGUGCCGUCGGACGUUCCGGCCGGACACGUGGCGGUGUGCGUCGGGAGCAGCUCCCGGAGGUUCGUGGUGCGGGCGACGUACCUGAACCACCCGAUCUUCAAGAACCUCCUGGUCCAGGCGGCGGAGGAGUACGGCUUCACCAACCCGGGCCCCCUGGCGAUUCCGUGCGACGAGUCGGUCUUCGAGGAGGUCCUCCGGCUCGUGUCGCUGCCCGACCCCGCCGACUCCGACCGGUACCCGAGUCUCGAGGAGCUUCAGAGAUGCUGCCACGUGGGCGCGCCGGAGUCGCGGCCGCUCCUGAACGGGUUCGCUGAGAAAUCGAUCUGCUAGUGGGUGAGCAGCUCGGGGCUGGUCGGCUCCAGCAUGACUCGGACGUCACUCGGAGCUGGUCCGUAGUGUAAACUCAGCCGGGUUGAGCUACCGAUUCGCUGAACUAACUAUUUUUGAUUUUGAAGUUCCGUAGUCGCAGUGGGACUUAUUUUAAGGAGCGCGUAGGUCCAUUUGUUUCUUAUUUCAUUUUUUUUUAGGAAGUUUGAGUUAGCAGUUUGGAAGUGUUUUAUUUGCUUUCAAAAGCAGAGAAAGCACUUUAAAAAUACUUCGCAGCAAAAUACAUAUUAUAUGAUGUAUUGUACAUUUGACGAUUUUAUUGACCGAUUUGUCGGAAUUUCAUGCAGAUUUUAGAAUUAAUUUUGUGAUUUAUUAAUCCAA